CCCCUCUGGGAGAUUCUUUAUAUUGGUUUCCAGAGUGCCCGGCUCCCUCGGUCCUGGUUCUAUCUUGCCUCUUCCAGAACCAAAUUCAAGUCCUGGGGUGGGUUGGGAGAGAAAGAGGAAGAGAAGAGCAGAGGGGAAGGCGGGGGCUCCCAGGUAAUUAUUGACAGAUUGUCCACUGAAGGAAGCAGAGGUGGGCGAGACUGGAGAGGCGCAGAGCGCGUGGAGGGGCGGGGAGGGCGCAGAGAUAAAGGGGUCCGGACUAGGAGCUAGGGCCUCACACACUCGCUCCUCUGCUACCCCGCAGGUAUCAUGAGCCCCUAUACUCCGACCAGCGCCGCCCUACUGCGGCUGCCCCUGCCUCUGCUGUGCCUGCUGUGCUUGCUGCGAGGCCGUUGCCUGCGCGCUGAUCCCGGGGAUGGAGCGCAGACUUGGGUUCGCUUCGCCAGCGCUCCAUCGCCCGAGGUCGCCGGUUUCCUCCAUGACACCUUCCCCGACGGCUUCCUCUGGGCAGUGGGCAGUGCUGCCUACCAGACGGAGGGUGGCUGGAGACAGCAUGGCAAGGGUGCCUCCAUCUGGGACACCUUUACUCACCGCCCCGCUGCUUCCCCGGAGGACCUUCCUUCCCAACUCCCAGCCCAGUCCCACUCCUGGUCCUUACAGCCGUCUCUGCCGCCGGCUCCGCCCAGUCCCGCCACGGGGGACGUGGCUGGCGACAGUUACAACCAUAUCUUCCGCGAUACCGAGGGGCUGCGCGAGCUGGGGGUCACCCACUAUCGUUUCUCCAUCUCGUGGGCUCGCGUGCUGCCCGGUGGUGGCGGCGUGGGCGCGGGUCCCCCCAACCUCGAGGGACUGCGCUACUACAGGCGCCUGCUGGAGCGGCUGCGCGAACUCCGCGUGGAGCCCGUGGUCACCCUCUACCACUGGGACCUGCCCCAGCGCCUACAGGACCUUUACGGAGGUUGGGCCAACAGCACAGUGGCCGACCUGUUCAGGGACUAUGCCGAGUUCUGCUUCCGCCACUUUGGGGGCCAGGUCAAGUACUGGAUCACCAUAGACAACCCCUACGUGGUGGCCUGGCACGGUUAUGCCACAGGGAAGCUUGCCCCUGGUGUGCGGGGCAACCGGCAGCUCGGCUAUCGGGUGGCCCACAACCUGCUCCUGGCCCAUGCUAAAGUCUGGCAUCUCUACAAUACAUCUUUUCGUUCAACUCAAGGAGGACAAGUGUCUAUUGCACUUAGUUCUCAUUGGAUCAAUCCCCGAAAGAUGACUGAACGUGAUCUAAAAGAAUGUCAAAAAUCUCUUGAUUUUGUAUUGGGCUGGUUUGCUAAACCAGUCUUCAUUGAUGGUGACUACCCACAGAGCAUGAAGGAAAAUCUUUCAUCUCUUUUGCCAAAUUUUACUGAAUUUGAGAAAAAUUUCAUCAAGGGGACAGCUGACUUUUUUGCACUUUCCUUUGGACCAACUCUGAGUUUUCAGCUCUUGGACCCUCAUAUGAAGUUUCGACAAUUGGAAUCACCAAGUCUGAGGCAACUUCUCUCCUGGAUAGAUCUUGAAUAUAACCAUCCUCAGAUUUUUAUUGUGGAGAAUGGCUGGUUUGUUUCAGGUACCACCAAAAGGGAUGAUGCCAAAUAUAUGUAUUAUCUCAAAAAAUUCAUUAUGGAAACUUUAAAAGCCAUCAGAUAUGAUGGAGUCGAAGUCAUUGGUUAUACUGUUUGGUCCCUCAUGGAUGGCUUUGAAUGGCAUAGAGGAUACAGCAUUAGACGUGGAUUAUUUUACAUAGAUUUCCUAAGUCAUGAUAAGAAGCUGCUACCAAAGUCUUCAGCCUUGUUUUACCAAAAGCUGAUAGAAAGAAAUGGCUUUCCUUCUUUACCAGAAAAUCUACCAAUAGAAGGGACAUUUCCUUGUGGCUUUGCUUGGGGAGUUGUUGACAACUACAUUCAAGUAGAUACAACUCCUUCCCAGUUUAAUGAUCCAAAUGUUUAUGUCUGGGAUAUCCAUCAGAGUAAAAAGCUUAUUAAAGUUGAUGGGGUUGUAACUUCAAAAAGAAAACCUCAUUGUGUGGACUUUGCUGCCAUCAGGCUCCAGGUUUCUCUGCUUCGGGAAAUCCAUAUAACUCAUUUUUACUUUUCACUGAAGUGGGCCCAGAUUCUCCCUUUGGGGAACCACUCUCAAGUCAAUUAUACCAUCUUACAUUAUUAUCGCUGUUUUGUAAGUGAACUCGUCCGUGUCAACAUAACACCUGUUGUUGCAUUAUGGCAACCAGCCCCUGAGCAUCAAGGCCUUCCCCUCAUUUUAACUAAACACGGAGCCUGGGAGAACCCCCUCAUUGUUCAUUAUUUUGGAGAAUAUGCCAGGCUGUGCUUUAAAGAACUUGGCCAGUUUGUUAAGUUUUGGAUUACAAUGAAUGAACCUCACAUACAAAAUAUGACGUAUAACGCAGGACAUAAUCUGUUGAAGGCCCAUGCACAAGCCUGGCAUAUGUAUGAUCAACAUUUUAGAAGAUCUCAGAAAGGUAAAAUAUCUAUAGCUUUACAGGCUGAUUGGGUAGAGCCAGCUUGCCCUUUCUCACAAAAAGAUAAAGAAGUGGCGGAGAGAGUUUUGGAAUUUGACAUUGGCUGGCUUGCUGAGCCCAUUUUUGGCAGUGGGGACUAUCCAUAUGUUAUGAGAGAAUGGCUGAACCAAAGAAACAAUUUCUUUUUGCCUUAUUUCACUGAAAGUGAAAAGAAGCUAAUCCAGGGAUCAUUUGAUUUUCUUGCUAUAAGUCAUUAUACCACUAUCCUUGUGGACUGGGAAAAAGAGGAUCCGGUGAAGUAUAAUGACUAUCUAGAAGUACAAGAAAUGACAGAUAGCACAUGGCUAAACUCACCAGGUAGGGUGGCUGUGGUGCCCUGGGGAUUGCGCAAGAUGCUUAACUGGUUUAAAUCCAAAUAUGGAGACAUCCCUGUAUACGUAAUAGCUAAUGGAAUUGAUGAUGAUCCACAUGUGAUGCAAGACAAGAUGAGGAUAUAUUAUAUACAGAAUUAUGUCAAUGAAGCUUUAAAAGCCCAUGUAUUGGAUGAUGUCAGACUUUGUGGAUACUUUGUUUAUUCAUUUAAUGACCGAACUGCUCCAAAGUUUGGCCUCUACCGUUAUGCUGCAAAUCAGUUUGAGCCAAAACCUUCAAUGAAUCAUUACAGGCAAAUUAUUGACAACAAUGGUUUUCCCGGACCGAAAACUCUGAGGAGAUUUUGUCCAGAAGAAUUCAUCCUGUGCACUGAAUGUAAUUUUUUUCAGACUCGAAAGUCUUUAUUAGCCUUUAUAGCUUUUCUAUUUUUUGCAUUUAUUGCCACUAUUUCCCUAAUUUUUUACUAUUCUAGGAGAAGUUAAAGGAAUUAGAAAGUGUUCUGGACUUUUCUUCUUUCAAUCAUCCUUUUGGUAGUCCUGAAGAUUUGCACAAUAUUUGAUGUAAUGUUUGGAGGCAUUUGCAUGGUCAAAUAUUAUGAAACUAUAGAUUUCACACAUGGCUUUUACAGCAAAACUUUUUUUAUGCAGUAUAACAAAAUUUUAUAACAAAUGAUUGUUUUCAAAAUUUUGAAUUUGAAUAUCCCUAUUGAAAUUUAGUAAUUGGACAUUUUUUUCCCUUUGGAUAAAAUCUGAAAUGUAAAUUUUAAAAAGCAGAAACAAUUGAAUCUACUAAAAUCAGCAUAAUAUUUUAAAAAUAUUUUAAAUACUAUAUGUUCUCACCAAAAGAAUGGUAGCUUUUCAUUGGUAAUAUUGAAUCCAUUAUCCCUAUUCUGAAUGGGACUACUCCCAGUAGAAGAAAAAUUAGAAGCAUUUGGAUUAGAAGAUUGGAACCAAAUCAGUUGGCUCCAGUUCGAUGCCACAAUGCAUCAUGGCAUAGACCGCUUGGCUGAUUUGAAAGUUUUCCAUGAAAAAGUUAAUGAGAAAAUAUAGAAUAAUGGGGAAAAUAAGAGUAACAAAAAUAUGAAAAGCUGAAGUAUAUUCUGAAGCACUACUGAUAGUUAUAAAGUUGAUAUUUGUUUUUAAGAAUAAAGUCUUGUCCUGCUUUUAAUAGGAAAGGAACAUUAAUUAUAGUGUAUGAAGUGUAAAAUGUGGUGUGGCUUAGGAAAAGAGAAUGGGGAGAAAAAGUUUAUCAAUCAUUACCUUUAAGUCUGAUGUUCACAGCAUGUGAUUCAUUAUAAAUUUCUUAUUUUUUCCAUCAUAUAUUCAGGCCUUGAAAUAUAGGCUUGCCUAACUUGCAAGGAGGAAAAAAUGUGAAUAUUCUUCCAAAUUUCAAAGAGCAACUCAGAAUGAGUUUUAUGCAGGCACCAUAAUUUGGAUUUCUACUGUAAAUAUUUGAACAGCAUAUAACUAAAUAAACCUGAUCUUAAGACACUGGAAAAUUGAACACAAAGAUGUUGGGAGAUAUAGAUAGAUAAAUAGACAGAUAUAAAUAUCUAUAGAUAUCUAUAUAUGUAUAUAAAAUAUAUAAUGUUAUAUAUAGUAAAUAUUAUGUUUUUGCUACAAAUCAUAUGGAGCUAAUCUUUAAUUAUUUGUUGGUUCUUAACAAUGGAAACUUUUAACAAAUCCUAGAGAUGAAUUUGAACUUUUCUCCAUCUUCUAAUAUUUCUUAAAUAGGACAUUUUAAUUUUGUUACUAUUUCACAGGAAUACAAUAGAAUAUUUUAUUUAAAUUAUGUUGGACAAUUUCUGGUCUUGUAGGUUACCUGAGUUAUGUCAUGUUUUUAUUCUAUUAAGCAAAGUUUUAAGGAACAUUAUUUGACUUAAAGUAUAACAAAAUCAAAGUAAUAAUUAGCCAUGUUACAACAGAAUUCUCUUGUUUUAUAAAUUUUGUAUCAUGUACUAUUACAUGGAAACUCUUUUCUUAAUAGAGAUAUAGAUAGGGAAUGGAACUUGUUGGUAUAAGGAACUCCUUAAUAAUGCAAAUUAUCCAGCAAAUUGCUGUAUUCUGGAAACUGAGAGUAUCAGAUUGUUUCCUAGAGCACUGAGGAGUGCUCAGGUCAUGUAAAAAGAGUUUGUGUGUGUCAAAAACAGAACUGAACCUAGUUUCUUCCUGAUUCCAGGACUGAUCUGCCCAUUAGAUUAUACGGCCCCUUGGGAUAUAUAGAUUUGGAUUUUAUUUUCAGAGAGAGCCUAAAGUCACUCAUUCACAUCAAGAAAAAAAAAAAAGAGCUGGCUUUUAAUA